AUGCAUGACAAAAACUUGAAAAUGCAGCAUGCACAAAACCAUGUCAUGGACAUCAAUGCAGCAACAGAUAUAAAAUAUCCUUUAAAAGUAAAGAAAGAUAAUUCAAAUGAAUGGAUCAGUACAUUUUAUAUGUUGCAGAGAAUAUCAACAUUAAAAAGUGUGCUUGUAAAAAUCCUUUCUCACUUUUCAUCAUCCAUAGAGAUUUUGACGAAGAAUGAUUGGACUGCUAUUGAAGAGACAAUUGCUUUAUUAAAGGCAUUUGAAGUUGUUAUUCUUGAACUGUGCAAUGAACCUUACCAGUUUGCAUCUAAGGUUAUACCAGUAACGUUGGGUCUAAACUCACUUAUAAAUAACUGCAACACUUUGACAUUGAAUAGUAUAGAAAGAGUGAGAAAGGAUAUUUUAGCUGCCCUUCGAAAACGACUUGGUCAAGUUGAGCAUAAUUUAAUGCUUGCUAUGGCUACCGUGCUAGAUCCUAGAUUCAAAAAUAUUGCUUUCCAGUCUGAGAUUGCCGUUGAAGCUGCUAUUCAAGAGCUUACCACAGAAGCCAAUAAACAAGCUUUCACAGGUUCUGUCACUGAUAAUUCUAUCACAAAAGACUCGGUGAAGGACAUAUCAUCAUGUACUGAUAGCUUGUGGGAGGGGUUUGAAAGAAAAGCAACCCCAAAAAAAGCACCCUCAAGAACUGAUGAUGUAAUUAGCAAUGAAAUUAAGCAUUAUCUAGAAGAACCGCUGCUAGACCGAAAGAAAAAUCCUUUUUUGUGGUGGAAAACUCAAGGCCAAACUCAGUUUCCUGUCCUUUCAAGAAUUGCAAAACAAAUUUUAUGUAUUCCUGCUACUUCGAUUGCUCCAGAAAGAGUUUUUCUUAAAAAAGGAAGACUUUUUAAUGAGAAACGAAAAUCAAUAAAACCAAAGUAUGUUGAUCAAUUUAUGUUUUUAAAUCAGAAUAUUGAUUAG